CUUUAUUAAGAGAGAAAUAAAUACAAUCCAUCGUUGUAAAGCUCAGGUAGGGUAGAGGUAGGUCAAGAUCGGCAACAAUGGCGGCGACGCAAGGUAAGAGGCGUGAGAUUGUUCUUCUCGAUCUUCCACAGGAGAUUUUGGAGGAAGUGCUGUGCAGAUUGCCUCUUGAUGUCAUACGGAGAUGCUUGAGGCUCUCAAAGCGCAUCUACAGUCUCAUUACUUCUUUCAGUUUCUAUGAGAGGUGGAUUGGGGCCAAUCUCCGACCGGAGCUAUUCCUCUUCUCACAUCACCUUCACCAAGAAAAUUCAACCAAAUCAAAUUGCGGCCGAAAAUCCCAACUGCCAUCCUCCCCAAGGCUCCAGACUACAACAGGCAUUAUUCCUUUCCCGGCAUGGGUAGGUGAAGGCGCUGGCGCACGCAACCUCCCGACCGUCAAAGUUCUUGCUGGUCGGGUGUAUGUCUAUUGUGCAGCCACGGGGGAUGGCGGUGAUGAUAACCCUGUCGUAGUCUGGAGCCUUGGGGAGGAUGGCAGUUGGGAUUUUCAAGCACAAUUUGAUUUGGUUGAAGAUUUUCUUGGUGAAGGUGAUGUGAUCGACGAAGACUAUCGUCCUGAUGUUAUCGACAGCUUCACGGAGGUGGUUGCCGUGACUCCUGAGCAAGAGCGAUUGCUUGUGUACACCUCCGAGGAUCGCCUAAUGGGGUUUGAUCCAAACACGCAAGCAUAUUUCUAUUUUGGGGAGCAUGACAAUAUAAUCAUUUUGAGGCGAUCGAUGAUCUGGAUUAUCCGGAGUUGCCCGAGCUACGCGUUGCAUCUUACCACCCUUCAUUCAUAUGGCCAUACACAAGAUUUGCAGGGGAGGAUAAUUGAUUGAAUCUGUUGCACAAUGAUCCAUAUUACCACAAUCUAUGCAUCUUGAGAAGAGGAGGAGGUUAUCCUAUUCAGUAUUUCAGGAGGUAUAUAUAUACUACAUAAAUAUAGUAGGUGAUU